AUGAAAAUCGAAGAGUGGAAGAAAAAGAACAACAUCACCAACAUCCCUGAUGACAUAAUUCACUACAAAGACACCACACUUUCCGCCCUGAAAAACGUCUUUUACGAAGAAAGCGACGAGUGGAACCUCCUCGGUUCCGUUCCCGUCUUUGACAAUGUUAGAGUUGCUCCUCGACUGCUCUUCUUGUUCAUCAUCAGCGUUGUGGGAAGUGUCUUUGCUCAUAUAACUAUCGCGAUGACACUGUGGUACUACGAUGGAAGACACGAAAACAUGUACAACUUUUCACCUCGACGAAGCAAAUUUGCAUACAACUUGGCAAAAUUCUUCCAAGUCUUCAAAGCUGACAAGUACAACAUCCCCCUUCUCAUCCUCCUCAACGUCGAUCCUGUCAAAUACUCAGACAUGAAAAGUGAUUUGAAAAAGAAGGACUACCAGGCGGCCUGGCAAUUUUACGGAAAGAUGAUUUCUCAUUUUUGGGGAACGAUUUUGACGCUGGCGAUUACGAUUUCAACGAUAGCGAUUCUGAUCGACAUUCAUGUCGAAAGUAACUGCGCAAUUUCUGCUCUUGAAUGA